CCAGUCCAGCAAGAUGGGUUUCCAGGCUUGGUUGCCCCUGCCGCUGCCAAAGCAGCUGGUGGUGUUCGGGCUGGGAGACUGGAGCUGUUACUCACCGGACACCAGCCUCGCAGUGGACGUGCUGGUGUCCCCAGGCAUCGCGCCGCAGCGGGUUGGCACGCUGGAGCCCGCCCGCAGGUCUCUGGUGUGGGAAGGUGACUGGAGAACGGAUGUUUUCAUGGCCUCGUUGAAAGAGAUGGACAAAGGCAACUCUGUGAAGCUUGUCCUGACUGUCAAUGGACAGCUGCUCCGAGGUGUCUCCAACAGUACGCCUGCCCACCCCUUCCUCGUCCCGGAGACCACCCAGUCACCAGUGCUCCCAGGAGAUGAUAUGCCCCUUGGCCAGGACCUGGAGGAUCCUACUGCGGUUAAGAGUCAGAGCUCAGCGGUGAGUGCUAGAGCAUCCAGGCCUGGGAGGAAGGAUAUCCGCCCACCGCUGAGGACCCUGGCAGUACCAUGUACCCUGAAGCCACCAUCUGGCAAGGUGGAAGCCAGUGAGGCUUGGAGGAAGAGUCCUGUCCACCCCAAGAAGCCCAGGAAAGUUUUAUUUGAACCCACAGAGUCUGAGAGAGAUCUCGAUGAAGAAGAUCUGGCGGUGGAGGAGUUGCAAGGCAGCCCCAGCCCACGGUGGUGCCAUGCCAUGUGCCUCAGUGACCUGGGGACAGCUGUUCUGAUCGGUGGAGAAGGUGUCGAUCAGCAGUCCUGCAAGGAUGCACUCUGGAAGCUGGAAAUUGGUGGGGACUUUAGGGCUAUCAAGGGCAAUGGGGGCAACAGUGAUUUCUGGCUUCCAAUGGGUUUCCAGCUACAAAACGCCAUGCCAUCCUGCUUGCAUGGUCACACAGCUACCUACGACCCAGACACCAAGCGUAUCUACAUCUUUGGGGGCAUAAGGGAGGACAAAGAGUAUAGUGGCAUCUACAUUCUGGACACAGUCACCUGGAAAUGGCUCCUCGUGGCUGCUAAAGGGAGGAUGCCAGUGCUUGCCUACCACAGUGCAACUAUCUACCGCAAGGAGCUCUUUGUUUUCGGAGGGACUUUCCCUAAAAAGGCAUCACUGGCAGUUGGACCCUGCAGCAACGUGCUCUAUGUCUUCAAUCCAGAGCAUGAAAUUUGGUAUCAGCCCAUCUCAGAAGGGGAGAAGCCUCUGCCUAGGCUUGGGCAUUCAGCUACUCUACUGAAGAACAAGCUGCUGAUUUUUGGGGGUCGGAGAGCUUCUCUCUACCUCAGUGACAUGCACGUCCUGGAUCUGGGUUUCAUGGAGUACACACCAGUCCUCCUCCUCGCAGGACAGCCUUCCGCACGUUGUUUUCAUGCAGCUCUGGCUGUGUCGGACCAGAAGGUUCUGAUCAGUGGAGGCUACAAUGCCAAGGGAGCCCUCCAGGAUGCCUUUGUCUUCCGUCUGGCUGGCCACACAUUGCUUGACGUGACUCCUGCCCACCUGAUGGAUGUGGACAAGGAGAACAAAGAGGAGCAUAACCUGCAUACGGUGUUGGUCUUUGGGGGCUCCAACUGUGCUGGGACCUUUUAUAACAGCACAGUCAAGAUCCAGCUGGACCUAGGAUAA